AUGGUAUCGCAUCUGAAGAUAUAUCACUUUGAUGAGACUGGUUUUGCUAUGGGUCUCACUGCUACUGCUAGGGUUAUCACACGCGCUGAAUACUAUGGUCGACAACCUAUAUUGCAACCUGGUAAUCGCGAAUGGGUCACAUUAAUUGAAGCGAUCAACGCUACUGGAUGGGCACUACCAUCAUACCUGAUCUUUAAGGGCAAGGUCUUUAUCGAGUCAUGCAAUAGCCCUUCAAGCAGGGCACUAAACCAGCUGAUCAAGGGUUCCCAGCUAGCUAUGCAGGCCGGUGCGAUACUAGCGCAGGAAAACAAGGAUCUACGCGCGACGAAUGAGAAAAAGAAGCAAAAGCGAGCUAGAUUUAAGAGACAGAUUGCUUACCAGGGUGGUUUAUCAGCGGAAGACGUUCAGCAGGUGAUUCAGGGCCUAAACCAGUCUCCCGAAGUUGAGAUAAUCACCCAGAUGGCAGCGGCCGCGCCGGCCACCAACAUGUAG